AUGGCAGCCCUCAAGAGUCUUAACGCUAUGAGGGCCAAGUACGUCCAGAAGCAGCAGGAGAAGGUGAAGACUGCCGCCGUCGCCGCCGCUGCUGCCGACCCGUUCCAGGCGGUCGCCAAUUGGAAUUGGGAUGGCGUAACCUCCCCUGUUCAACAAAGCCACAAUGCCGUGGCACACCAAUUCACCGAUGGGAGCAACCCCUCCAACGGUGUUGACCACUACAUGGCCGGCAUAUGCGCCCCGGCCCAGGGAUACAACAACGACGUCGCCAUGGACAUUGACGACGCCUCCUACAACUCGCCCGACGUCAGCAUGAGCGACGUCUCCAGCGACGUCUCCAGCGCCGUGUUCGACAUGGACAUGGACAUUGUCUCCGACGCCAUGGCCGACAUCACCAUGUCCGAUGUCCCCUACGCCAGCCCGGAGAUCCACAUGAGCGACGCCUGGGACGUGGACCCGCUCUACGACGAGGAUCGCUCCGACGGGGUGCUCAACCUCAUCUACGCCACGGACAACGAGCUCAAGAUCCUAGCGGGGAAGAAGCGCGCCGCGGGCCUGCGCCAGCUCGAGGACUCUCAGCGAUUGCGUCCUCGAGAGGACAACAGCCGCGAGCACAUCGCCGCGGAGAUGUCCAAGUCGCGGGACACCAUUGAGAAGUGGCAGAGGGUGCUGGAGAAGAUCCGGCUCGAGAUGCGUAGCGGAUACGUUGAUCCGCGGCCUGCUGCCGGGUGGAAGGAGAGAGGCGAGUGCCUGCUCGCGGAGGAGUGGAAGAGGCUCGAUCGCCUCGACAUGGAGUACUACCUGGCCUCGAAGUAUGCCGCGGGGUUGGAUGAGUGCUGCGCUUAUUGA